AAUUCCCUGCUGUAGGCACUGACUGCAGGAGCUGCCCAAGAGCACAGGGUUGCGUUUGGCACAGAAAGGUGCUGCGGGGAGGGGAAGGAAAUGAUUUGCCUGAGCUGGUGGCCAAGCCUGAAAAUGCAAAGCAAGGCUCACAGAGCUCACCGCCGGCCUGGGGAGGGGACCACAUGCCUGCUAGCAGGACUGCAGCCUCCCAGACCUGAGCCAUGCUGUAAGGUGGGGACACCCAGCCAGCAGCGAGAGCAAUGGCCCAGUCUCGUACCAACGGCUCGCACUAUGCCCUGACAGCGAUAGGGCUGGGGAUGCUCGUCCUCGGCAUCAUCAUGGCUGUGUGGAACCUGGUCCCUGGCUUUGGCCCCGACAACAAACCAACCACCCAUGCUGGGAACAGCAGCAAGCCCGACCGUGGCAACGGGGGCAUUUUGAAGAGCAAGACCUUCUCGGUGGCGUACGUGUUGGUAGGGGCGGGCGUGCUGCUGCUGCUGCUCUCCAUCUGCCUCAACAUCCGGGACAAGAAGAGGCAGAGCGAGGACAUUGUUCGCGUGCAGCACCAAGUGUCUGUGGAGCCCUCGCACCAGGAAGACAGCCAAGAAGAGGACGACGACACAUCUUCCCAGUACUACGUCCCCAGCUACGAGGAGGUGAUGAACACGGGCUACUCUGAGCCCAGAGACUUGGACAGGAGCACCAGGAUCAGCGUCUCCCUUCCCUCCUACGAGUCACUGACGGGGCUGGAUGACAGCACCUCGGCACCCGGCGCUGCGAGCACGGAGCCAGGCACGGAGCAGCCGCCCGGGCGGCACAGCUCCCGCCUCAGCAAGCGCCUGAAGCCGCUCAAGGUGCGCAGGAUCAAGUCAGAGAAGCUGCACCUGAAGGACAUCAGAUUAAACCUGGCCCAGGGGAACAGCACUGCCCCUAUCACGAUAGAGCCGCUCACCCCCCCACCCAAGUACGAGGACAUCCAAGAGAAGGUGCCAGGGAGCCAGCAAAUGACUUAAACCCUCACCAAAAAAAGAGGGAACCUGUGAUGCAGCUGGGAUUUGGGGGACUUGGGGGGGGUUAAAACAACCACACUAAGAGGGGCUUGGUCUGUGGGUGCAGAAGUGGUCAGGGCUUCCUGGAAGCUGCAAUGUGGAGAAUGCAGUAGGUGCAUAGUGCUGCAGCGUGAGGACGGGGUGAGUUUUCCCUUGUUACAGAAGACUGUGGGGAAAGAGACCUGGAUGCCAGUGAGUCUGCUGCUGUGAAGUAAAUGAAGGCUGCAAGCGCCAGAAGUGUCAUUUGUGGUGGUUUUACAUAAGGACUACCCAGCGUGGUUCCACUCUGGAUUCCUCAGUACAGGAAAGACGUGGACCUAUUGGAGAGGGUCUAGAGGAGACCACAGAAAUGAGCCGAGGGCUGGAGCACCUCUGCUGUGAGGAGCGGCUGAGAGAGUUGGGAUUGUUCAGCUGGAGAAGACUCCAGGAGACUUUAUUGCAGCUUUUCAGUUCUUAAAAGGGGCCUGUAAGAAACAUGAGGAGAGACUUUUUAGCAGGGUGUGUUGUGAUAGGAUGAGGGGUGAUGGGUUUAAAUUAAAAGAGGGAGAUUCAGGCUGGAUGUGAGGAAGAAAUCCUUUACACUGAGGGUGGUGAAGCACUGGCACAGGUUGCCCAGAGAGGUGCUGGAUGCCCCAUCCCUGGAGACAUUCCAGGCCAGCCUGGAUGUGGUUCUGGGCAGCCUGGUCUAGAUGAAGAUGUCCCUGCAUUGCAGGGGGUUGGACUGGAUGAGCUUUGAAGGUCCCUUCAACCCAAACCAUUUUAUGAUUCUAUUCUAUGAUGUACCUUUUCACCUCCUUUUCUCCUUACCCCCAGCAAGACGUUUCCAAGUCACUAAACUGAUAUUGAACAAGGAUUUUCCAAGUGGAAAAGGAAAAUGUUCUUUUUUUUUUUCUUCUUUUUUGGCAUCUUUUCUGUCUGAGUAAGGGUAACUGCAUUGCCAGAAUUCACUGCAGCUUCUUCCAGUCUGGGGCUGGGAUGGUGGCCUGGAGCCAGCCCAAACUCCUGCCAAGGUCUGUGCUUGUUGGUGGGAGCUCAGAAACAGGCCCUGUGCUCCUCGGGAGGGGAUGGAUUUCUUGCCUUGCUUGUUUUCUCUGUUGUGUUUUGUGUUCUGAUGCAAAGGGGUGUUUGGAGGAUGGAUCCAGGGGGUUGGGAGCUGGUGUGCGGCUGCCAGGAGGUGCAUUGCAGGGCGCAAUGACUGCUGAGCAUCCUGAGCAGACCUGCUCUAAAUAAACACUUUGUACCUUGUG